AUGCUUGCCGCUAGUACCAUUGCGGCCUCAUCAGCAUCCUCUCAUGCGAGUUGUCUAUUAUCGACAACAACAUUCUUGACAAAGAUUAGUGGAGGAGGAUCGGACAAUGUGAUUUUUCUUGGCAUGAAACCGAAUACAAAACCGUGUUCUAGAGGGUUGAGGGUUAAAGUGAAGGUGGUUCAAGCACCUGAAAAGAAUAUGAAUGGCUACGUUUACCGGCAAAACUUCACAGUUAAAUCGUAUGAGAUUGGCGCUAAUCGGAUGGCAACUAUGGGAGCAUUGUUAAAUCAUUUACAGGAUACAACUGUUGACCAUAUUAAGGAUGCUGGGCUGCUGGACGAUGGAUUUGGUUCGACUCUAGAGAUGACCAGAAGAAAUCUAAUAUGGGUUGUUGCUAAAAUGCAUGUUCUCGUGGAUCGAUAUCCUUCUUGGGGUGAUGUAGUUCAAAUAGAAAGUUGGUUUGGUGGUGCAUCUGUAAAGAAUGGUAUCGCAAACCACUGGAUUCUUCGUGAUGCCAAUACUGGUGAAACUCUAGCUCAAGCUAACAGUGUGUGGAUUAUGAUGAAUAAAGAAACAAGAAAAGUGUCUAAAUUUCCAGAGGAAGUUAGAGGUGAAAUGGCGCCUAUUACUAUGGAUUAUUGCAUCUCCGAGGACAUUAAACUCUCAAAGCUUCGAGACAACACAGCUGAUUUUGUCCAGACUGGAUUAACUGCAUGGUGGAGUGACUUAGAUUUAAACAACCACGUGAAUUUCGCCAAAUACAUUGGAUGGAUUCUCGAGAAUGCUCCAAUGCUAAUCUUGAAAAAUCACGAGCUUUUCGAUUUGGCUAUGGAGUUUAGGAGGGAAUGUGGAGAAGGUGACGAGCUUAAGUCUCUGACAACAGUUACUGUUGAAACUGAUGGUAACGCUGAAUGUCAACACAUGCUUCAACUUGAGAACGGCAUUGAGGUUAUGAGGGGAAGAACCAAAUGGAGGCUGAAGUGA